CUGGCUGGGGGGGCGGCGCGCGGCGUGGGCGCGGCGGCGUGGGCCAGCCGCGACAGCAGUACGGACCCGGACGACACCGAGGAUGGUGGCGACACGAGCAGCGCCUUCUCUUCGUCAAGCUCGUCGCGCGACUCGGACGACGACAUGCUGCCCACGCCCGCGCUCAGCGUGAACAACAACAUCGCCGGCCUCGCCAACAACAACCAUCUGCUGUCCCUGGACGCGGGUGGCGUGAGCACCACUCCCAGCCCGUCACCACUGCCGCCGUCGCCCGGCCUCAGCACGUUCGGGGUGCCCGUCCAGGCCGCAAAGAAGCCGCCGCCUCCGCCGCCGCCCAAGAGGCUCACGCCGCUCAGCGGGUCGGUGCAACAGCACCUGCAGCGCCUCGCGGACGACAUCUCUACUCCGAGCGCCCUGGGUGAGGACGCCAAGGCCGGCCCGAGCUCCACGACGGCGACGUUCUCCACGUCCGGCCCUGGGGUCGGCCCCGGGGUGGGGCCUGGCCAGCAGAUUCGCGCCGCCCGCGUGAGCGCCACGCACCUGCUGCAGCAGCAGCUCCUGUCCCGCGGCGCGGCGCCCGUCCGCACAGCGGGCCCUGCCAACGCCAAGAUCCCCGUGUCCGCCUCCGACUCCGGGUCCGGCUCCGGGUCAGGCUUCGGCUCCACCUCGGGCUCCGGGUCGGUGGGCGCGUACUGCCCGUACAAGCACGUGCCUCAGUGCCCGUACCGCCACUUCAGCUCGCAGUGCCCGCAGUGUCCGUCAGCGGGGGCGGGUCACCCGCAACAGCAACAGCACCAGCAGCAGCAACAAUUACAACAACAGCUUCACCAGCAACAGCAGCAACCGCUUCAACAGCAGCAGCAGCAACAACAGCAACUGCGCCACUUCGGGAGCCUAGGCCGCCGACAGACUUCCCCGCGGCCGCUGUCCGUGGCGCCGCCCGGGCACCUGUCGCUGGAUCUCGCGGAGCCGAGCGGCCUGUUCCGCGGCGGGCUCCAGGCCGCGCUGCAGGGCGGGCUGCAGGGCGGGCUGCAGGGCGGGCUGCAGGGCGGGCUGCCCUUCCACCUCAGCGACCCGGACGGCGACGACCUCCGCGACCUCCGCGAGCUGUGGCUGUCGGCGCGCGUCAACUCGGACCCCCGCCUCAAGCACGGCGUGGUGGUGCCGCGGUGCGGGCCGUGCGCCGCGCGCUCGCUGGCCGGCAGCAGGGCGAGCAUCGCCAGCUGCAGGGACCCGUUCCAGCACAUCGAGCCCCGCGACCUGCCGCUGCACCCGGACUACGAGUACGAGUGCACCGUGUGCGGCGAGCGCGCCACGCAGGCGCUGCCCCUGCAGCCGGACUUCCCCGAGUACAGCCUCGUGCUCAACGACCCCCUGCAGCUGCCCACCUCCAUCCCGCAGCCGCCGACCGCGCGCUGGCCCGCCGGCUCCAGGCCCAACUCCAGGCCCAGCUCCAGACCCAACUCCAGGCCCAGCUCUAGGCCCGGCUCCAGGCCCAACUCCAGGCCCAGCUCCAGGGCUUCGCACUCUCCAGGCAGACACAUGGGCGCGCGCUGCUCGUCGCCCACCCUGAGCAUUGCAAGCUCCACAACCUCCGGGGGAUUUAGAAAGUCUUCGCAUGCCUCGGCCGGGAGCGGAGGCAACCUCGGCGGCUCGCCACCGCACCACUUCUCGAGCGAGCCGGGCCCGUCGGGCUGCCAGCACCAGCCGCAGCCGGGGCCCUCGGGCGUACAGCAGAUGAAGCGAUCCUCCUCCAGGCCAUGCAAUGUGCCGGGCUGCACCCAGCAGGGCUGCGGCAGCAGGGCCUCCAGCCAGCCCAGGGCCGAGCACACGAUGGUGUACCGCGAGGACACGCUGGUGUCGGGCGCGCUCGAGGCGCUCAUCCGCCACGCCAUCCCGACGGGCGACUACUUCCCGGAGGACGCCUACCUGUUCGCCUUCAUUCUGUGCGCCAGGAUCUUCGUCCCGCUCAACGAGGUGCUCGUCCGGGUCAUCAGGGCCAUGGACAGGUGCAAGGACGAACGGCGGGCCUCGAUGCUGGCGCGCAACGUGCUCCGCUUCCUGCGGGAGUGGAGCGACCAGUUCCCCUACGACUUCAGGGAAGAGCACAUGAUGGGGCUGUGCAUCGACAUCACGCAGCGGCUGGUCGAGGCGCUGCCCGCCGUGCGCCGAGAGGUGUCGGAGCUGCAGACGGACCUGCUGGCCAAGCUCACGGCCGUCGAGACGUACGAGGAGUUCCUCACCCGCUGCGGGGAGGUGCGCUACGUCAACUCGGUCGAGGAGCUGACCGCGACUCAGCAGGAGGACCAGGAGCCUGUGGCCACGCCCUGCUACCUACUGCAAGGAGCACGCAGCGACGUCAUGGACCUGGCGCGCACGCCCACCAAGCUGGCCCACCAGCUGACGCACGUGGAGCUGGAGCGGCUGUCGCACAUCGGCCCGGAGGAGUUCGUGCUGGCCUUUAUGAAGGAGCGCGGGCUGGGCAGCAGCGGCGGCGGCGAGGAGCCCGCCAUCACCUCUGCCACCAACGGCGGCGGCUUCAGGAAGACGCGCAGCAAGGAGGCGUACGAGGAGUGGUUCAGCCGCCUCAGCUUCCUGGUGGCCACCGAGAUCUGCAAGGUGAGCGAGUGAGAGGCGAUCAGGGCC